ACAUUUAACACAAUUCGUAGUGAUGAUCUUAGUUUCGUGAUAAUUUGAGAAAAAUGUGUUCUGGGUCGACAUGGAUCACACCUUUUACCAAGCAGUGUUUCGUGACCUCAGGGGUGUCUAUGACCCUGAUGUCCCACGGCCUCGUAGUCGGCUUCACGUCCGUGCUGUUACCUCAGCUUCAGGCCUCGGCGUUCAUUCCUCUUGACGAUGCCUCCGGUUCAUGGAUUGCAUCCAUCAUUAGCAUCGCCCUAGUCACCGGGGCCCUGACGCUGCCAUUCAUCAUGAACAGCCUCGGCCGCAGGGCUGCCAACAUCAUCAGCGUCAGCUUCAUGAUCUCCGGCUGGUUCUGCAUCCUCUUCGCCACUAGCGUGGCAACCCUGAUCAUCGCCCGGUUCCUUCAGGGUUUCUCCAUGGGACUCUCUGCUUCUUUGUGUUCUGUUUUAAUCGGCGAAUACACCAGCCCAAAGAAUAGAGGAGCUUUCUUGACAACUAUAUCAUUAGCUAUUGCAUGUGGAACUCUAAUCACUCAUGCUCUUGGUUCUUAUUUUACAUGGGAAGAGAUAGCUCUCGUAUGUGCUGUGAUAUCUUUUGUUAAUUUAAUGGUAGUGAUACAUUCUCCAGAAUCUCCAAGCUAUUUAGUUUCUAAAGGAAGAUAUGAUGAAUGUAGAAAAACAUUUCAUUGGUUAAGAGGCUAUGAUGAAGAGGAAGAACUAGAAAAGAUGAUCAAAACCCAUAUGUCGAAUGAAUUAAAAAACGACGAAAAACAAAGCGCUGAAAGCAAAUUUCAAUAUUACAGGAGAGUUUUCAGAAAAAAGGAGUUUUACAAGCCGUUGAUUUUGGUCAUGCACUUGUACAUGAUUGGACAAUGGUCUGGCGCUAAUAUCCUGGCAGCGUACACUCAGGAAAUAUUCCACACGAUCAUCGGAAAGGUUGACGUUUCACUGAUGAUUAUCUCCAUGGACAUUCAGAGAAUCGUAUCCAACUUCUGUGCAGUAUUUGUUAUUCGAAGAUUUCGGCGAAGGCCUAUGCUUAUCUCUACCAUUAGUAUCAAUGUCUUAUCAUUCAUGACUAUAGGUGUUUAUGCCUACUUUAAGUCUAAAGGUAUUUUGCCUUAUGAUCAUCCUUUGAUAGGUAUAACGCUGAUCCAUAUACACAUGUUUUCUAUAGCUACCGGAUCAGUUCCAUUGCCAAAUAUUAUAGCGGGUGAAGUAUUUCCUUUGGAAUACAAAGGUUUGGCCGGAACAUUAUCGGUACUAUUUCUGUCAUCAAAUCUUUUUAUCACGUUGAAAUGUAACCCAUUCUUCUUUAGUACUUUAGGUCUUCAUGGUACAUACUGGUUAUACUCUGGGAUGGUCGGGUACAGUCUGUUGGUGUCCUGGUGGAUGCUUCCAGAGACUAAAGACAGGAUCCUUCAGGAUAUUGAGGAGGAAUUCCGAGGGACCCGCAAAGGUCAGUCGGCCGAUGAGUCUGAUAUUAAGUCGAUCUUAAAUAAAUAA